AUGCUGUUGUUGCUGAUUCUCCUGGUGCUCUUUGGCACGAUACCAAUGUUGUACAGCAAAGGUUGCCAACCAAUUACUAUUCCCCUAUGUAAAGGCAUCGGGUACAAUAUGACAUCAUUCCCAAACAGCUACGGCCAUGAAAAACAAGAAGAAGCUGGUUUGGAAGUACAUCAGUUCUUUCCGCUUGUUGAGUACGGCUGCUACCAACAUCUGAAGUUCUUCCUUUGCACAUUGUACACACCGAUCUGCCAGGAGAACUAUGACCGGCCAAUUCUACCUUGUAUGGAGUUGUGCUUGGAAGCGAAAAAGCGCUGUUCACCGAUCAUGCAACAGUAUGGCUUCCGAUGGCCAGAGACGUUAUCCUGCGAGAGUUUGCCCAAAAUGAGCGAACAGGCAUCAACAGGCAACAUCUGUGCAGCUCCUCCGGACACCCCUAAGCCGGCGAAGAUUAUGGAAUUGCCACCAGUAUCAGCACCUCGACCCCAUGUUGGCAUAUCCGUUCAGGACCUACAAAACCAGUGUGACUGCUCCUGUCAGCCACCGUUUCAAGCUGUCAGUAAUGCAAGAGCCAUGGUUGGAAAUGUCUCGAGGUGCUCAUACCCAUGUGAGGCUCCAUCACUACAAGGUCCUGGUAAAAAAGAUUUGAUAUCAGGAUGGAUGGGAGUUUGGGCCUUUGCCUGCUUCUUCCUUUCGGCCUUCACCUUUCUGACGUUCCUCAUCGAGACAGAUCGAUUCCAAUAUCCCGAGAGACCGAUAUUCAUGCUGGUGUUCUGUCAACUGAUGGUUGCCGUUGGCUUUAUUAUCCGAGUAUCCGCUGGGCAUGAGCAAGUUGCUUGCGAUGCCUACAAAAUCAAAGGAAUCGAUGACGGUAAUGGCAGCUUAUGCUUUGUGGUAUUCCUACUGACCUACUUCUUUGGAAUGGCAGCUUGUGUAUGGUGGAUUAUACUUUCGCUGUCAUGGGUGCUAGCUGCUGCUUCGAAAUGGUCCAGUGAAGCGAUAGCCAGUUACUCGGCUCAUUUCCAUGCAGUUGGCUGGCUGUUACCUGCGGCUCAAACGGUUGUCGUUCUGGUUUUCAAUGCAAUCGACGGCGAUCCAGUGUCCGGUAUGUGUUACGUGGGUAACACCGAUGUAAAUCACCUUCGUAUGUUCGUGUUAGGACCUCUGAUUCUCUAUUUCUCUCUCGGUGUGCUAUUCCUUUUUGUUGGAUUCUUCAACCUAUGGAGAAUACGGAAUGAGGUUCAAAAACAACAUCCUGGUCUGUGUAACGCAUCGAAACUGACCAACCUGAUGACAAAAAUUGGCACAUUCUCAGUGCUCUACACCCUGCCUGCAUUGUUCGUCAUUCUUUCGCUUAUCUAUGAGCAGCACCAUCGUCCCUUGUGGGAGCAGAGUCUCACCUGCACUUGUGCGGAUCGUAAGCUGUCAGCAGAUGACGCUUCCUUCAUGCUAUCGAUGGUGAAAUCGUUCUGCAUGUGUGUUAUGGGACUAACUAGUGGAGUAUGGGUAUGCAGUCGCAAGACACUCAACUCCUGGACAAAUGUUUUGUGCUGCUUAGGAGCAUCGCGAUCGACCGCAAAAUAUCAACCGGCAGAUAUGCUUUAUGGAAAAAGUGAUUUUUCAUCUCCUCAGUUCUACAAUACAGCCCUUCGACAGAAUCAUCUCUACGCUGGUAUACCGAUACCGGAAAAAUUAUAG